ACUAGCGCGCGCGACAGGCGUGUAAUGCGCGCGUAGUCAGUCUCGAGCAUGGAGUCCGCCGUGGACUCAGCGUCGACAGCGAGCGAGGUUAGCGGGUCUUCAGGAGGGUCACCGCGGGUAAAAGCGGCGUCGCCGGCGCGCGCGAUGUCGCCGCCGCAGUUGCUGGCGCCGCGGAUGCCGCUGCCUCCGCCCGGCCUGGGGCUGUUGGGCUCGCUGCAGAUGAUGCACCACUCGCCGCUGGAGCUGAUGGCGGCCGCGCAUCACCACGGCCCGCCGCGGUACGGCAGCCCGCCGCCCAUCUCGACCUCGGACCCGUCCGCCAACGAGUGCAAGCUGGUCGAUUACCGCGGCCAGAAGGUGGCCGCCUUCAUCAUUCAGGGCGAUACAAUGUUGUGCCUUCCGCAGGCGUUCGAACUGUUCUUGAAGCACCUAGUCGGGGGGCUGCACACAGUGUACACGAAGCUAAAGAGACUGGACAUAGUGCCGCUGGUGUGCAACGUGGAGCAAGUGCGCAUCUUGCGCGGGCUCGGCGCUAUCCAGCCCGGCGUCAACCGCUGCAAGCUGCUCAGCUGCAAGGACUUCGACGUGCUGUACCGGGACUGCACCACCGCAAGGUGCCUGUCAAUGAAAGCGCCAGACAGGUACUUCUCAAGCUCCAGACCGGGCCGACCUCCGAAGCGCGCGUCGGGCGUGGGUCUCUCUCUGGCCGCAACGCAGUUCACCGGACACCCCUUCAAGAAGCACCGUAUGGAGAACGGAGACUACUCGCCUUACGAAAACGGACAUAUGAGUGAAAUGGCGCGAAUGGAGAAGUCUCCUUUGUUGGCGAACGGGUACAACGCGCCCCCUACUCACCUUGGCCCCAUGGGCUUCAUGCACCAGCACGCGCUCAUGUCCCCGGGGAUGCCUCACCACGGCGUGCCCAGACCCGACGGCUCCAUCAUCAAGGGCCAGCCGAUGCACAAUAUGGAAGCACUCGCGAGAUCUGGAAUUUGGGAGAACUGUAGAGCGGCGUACGAGGACAUCGUCAAACAUCUGGAAAGAUCUGUUCUAAUUUGCUUCAGAUUACGCGACGAACGGGGAGACAUGGAGAGAGUAAUGGCCAUGGACAAGGCCCGCGAGGGAUCGCAUAAUGGUUCAUCUCCCGGCCACAGUCCUGUGCUAAACCUUUCGAAGUCAGGGUCUGGAGACCGUGACCGGUCGGACCGAGGGGACCGGGAGCGCGGAGAGGGGUCAGCCAGCGGCCGCAGCUCCGCCGCCUCCCGCCGCACGCCCCAGCCCCCGCGGAUGCCCUCCGCCGUCACCGCUGCUGCGUCGCCGAGGUCGCAUUCAGACGACAGCGAUGCGCCAAUGUCUGAUCAGGAAGAUCAUGUCAAAGAAGAGGAUGAUGGUGGAGACCUAAGUGAUGGAGAACGUGAACCAGCGUCAUCAUCACCAGCGGCUGUGAGCUAUGCAGCGCCCCCCGGCACACCCCCCUCUGUGCCCGUGGACCCCACCGCGGACACCCUAGUCUCCUCCACGGAAACCUUGCUCAGAAACAUCCAGGGCCUUCUCAAGGUUGCAGCAGACAACGCCAGACAACAGGAGAGACAAAUCAGUUACGAAAAAGCCGAACUAAAAAUGGACGUUUUGAGAGAACGAGAGGUGAAAGACAAUCUGGAGAGACAACUACUUGACGAGCAAAAAAUGAGAGUGAUGUACCAGAAACGGCUAAAGAAAGAACGGAAGCAGCGCCAACACAUCCAGGAGCAGCUGGAGAUGGAGCUGAAGCGACGGCAGAAGAUCGAGGAAGCGCUCAAACAGUCCGGGGCUCCCUCGGAGAUCCUUAGGAUUGUCACUGAAAAUCUAACGCCUUCGUUACAAGACACGCCGAAGUCUGAGCGGGAAAACGGCUCUGAGAGCAAAACGCCCAGCGCGGAGCCACCCGCCUCGUCCCCCCCGUUCCAGAGGGACCCCCCGCGCACUCCGGACAAGCCCCAGUGGAGUUACCCGCCACCACCAGUGGACAUCAUGAGCGGGGGCGCCGCUUUUUGGCAAAACUAUUCUGAGUCUCUGGCACAAGAGUUGGAGAUGGAACGCAAGUCCCGACAGCAAGCCAUGGAGCGCGAUGUGAAGAGCCCCCUGUCAGACCGCGCCGGCUACUACAAGAACUCGGUCCUCUUCAGCUCCGCCACUUAGCUACCAACUCCCGGGGCAGACUACCCCGAAGACAGCGACAAAGACGUCGAUGACACACGAAAACCCAUGAUCAGCGUAAAACCUGAGUUCAGGGAGAAAUGAAACCCAAAGAUUUUGGUGCCGAAACACCACACGCGCAUCUAAUCAGAAUGCUCAGAUGUAAACAUCAGAUUAAUUCACUUUGGCGUCUACGGAUCUCGAUAAAAAACUUCCCAUUAUUGAGAUUAGUUUGUAAAUAUUGUUAUUCGCGUUGUUUAGCGUAGACUUCACGAUCUACCUACGAAGUCUGGUGGACUCUUCUUCCAUAGUGAAAUUUGUAAAUAUUUCUUAAAUAUUAGAUUUAAUAACAAUUUUAUCAGUGAUUCACGUAAUUAAUGCGUCAACAUUUACAUCUUUCGUGAGAGUACCUUUAACUUUAUAUCAAAUGCCAUAUUUAUGAAUUAAGUAUCCUUAUUUACCGUUUGUAAAUUAAAAUCAUCAGUUAUUUAAUCACUCAGAUCAUUUGUACCUACUUCUUACAUAUCAUAAGCUGAAUUGAUAUUUGAAUCGAUUUGAAAUGAACAAUGAUUGGAAUUGAUCAAAGACUGGUUUUCGAGUAUUUUCCAAAUUUUUGUAUAUUGGGACUGUAAACCAACUAGUCUCUCAAGAUUACAAAUGGCAGACAUUUAAGUUCCUAUGAAACUUUUAUUUAGUAAUUAGAAUUAUUUGGUAUGCCAGUAAAAUCAUGAAUAUAUAGGUACUUACUUACACAAUUUAACAUUCAUGGUAACUAUGUACAGUCGCGUUCAGUAAAUAAUAUGGUGAUCUUCACUUUAAUGUAAUUUAUUCAAUUUUAGUGCAAUGAUUAGAUGUAACUCAAACUAGUGUAUCUUCUAAACCAUAAACAUGUAUUAUAUGUAGUUAAGUUAGCGGUUUUAAACACUACAUUUUUACAAUUCUUUAUUGACUGAACCGAAAACAGUUUUACGUACAAUGUAAACUAAGAUUUUCUUUGAAUUUCAUGAUGUAGGUGUUGUAUAAAUAAUGUUAAACGCUGUAUCUCAUAUCCAUACUGCAGAGUCGAUGUAUAUGGGUAGUGUACUAACAAUAAGUGCAGUAGUUUUAACUUAUACAUAAUAAAGUAUAAAAUAGUGUUAUUUAUAUGAUGCUUAGUUUACGGAAUGACUUUAAAUGUCUAAAAUAGUAAUCGUAAGGUUUAGAAAUUGUAUUUGGCAUUAUAUUGGCGCUUGGCUAUUGAGUGUUCACUAUACACCCUUUUAAAUAUGCAUUGUAUUGAAAGAAUAUAAUAAACUUCCACAUAGUUAGCGAUCAACCCUAGUGACAGUUUGAUUUUGAUCAAGAAAAAUAGUCAGGCGCCGAUUAAAAUGAUUGCUUUUACAAUUAAUUUCAUAUUAUCUGUAAUGGGUAAUGAAACGUAAUGGAUAAAACUUAGUUGUUACUAUAAAUGUUUAGAUGAACACGUGUGAAUGUGUAAAGAGGCGUGAAUGUGGUACCUUUGUAUCAUUUACUUUCAUUUUGCUACAGACUUCGAAUAUUGACUGACGGGGGACUCGGAGAAUCGUUACAAUUAGUUGCAGUAUUGUCAUUAGCUAGUACUAGCUCUUUGAUAGUAAGCUGAGGCUUCUCAAUGUACCUUUACUUUGUAAUUUGGUUCAUAGAUGGCAAUCCUUAAAUACAAGUAUUACUAUUUAUUUCUAUUAUUAUUAUUAUUAAUUUUACUUAAAAUUGUGUGUGUGCCUUGUAUUGUAGAUAAAAAUAUCGAGAUUAAAAUUGAAAAUUAUCA